UUUCCUCUCACGUUCCUCCUCAUUUCUCCUCCUCCUCCAACCCUAAUCACCCAAUAUCACAUUUUCUUCUUCCCCUCGCUACUGACACCAUAAUCACCCUCUCCACUCACUUUCUGAAAAUCCUAAUCGCCCAAAACCUCUAGCACUACACCAUCCUCCGUCGUAGCCACAAGCCCCUGUACCACGCCAACAUCCAUCUAAGCUGGAAAUGGCUCGAAACUCACCGGCGGAGGAGUUCUCGCUGAAUCAAAUUAUGCUCGAAGAGGGUUUUCCUUUGUGGACGUCGGCCUCCGGACCUCCGGUGAGUGGGAUCGCGAUGGAAUUUCCAGCGAGCGAAGGGGCUUUGUCCUGCUUGCCGCAGACCAUAUCCAAGCCAAACUCCAUGAGGUUGAUCUUAGACGCCAGAUCCUACAUCUGCAACUCGAUUUUUCAGAGGGACUUACCUUUGGGCAUAAUUGGUAGUUUGAAUGUGUAUGGCAGUGUACAUUGGGGUCUGCUUGGUGUUCAAAGGUCUGAAGCAGUGGCCAUAGUGAUAUAUUCUCUGUGUAUGUGCAUGCGUACAAGGAUAAGCGUGUACCUUUUUGCCGUUAAUUUCAAUAAUCAGGAGAUUCGUAGCAGCAAGGUAAUAUGCAGGAGGGUGACUGUGGUUUGCUACCUUCUGCGGCAGGGAUUCAGUGAGAUGUGGGAUAUAGGAUGA